AUGCAGAGCUACGGUUCGGAUAACAAAGCUGUCAUUAAGAAUGCAGACAUGAGUGAGGAGAUGCAACAACGAGCUGUUGACUGUGCUCAAGAGGCGAUGUCGAGGUACAACAUUGAGAAGGACAUCGCUGCGUACAUUAAAAAGGAGUUUGACAAGAUGUACAAUCCAACAUGGCAUUGCAUUGUUGGACGCAAUUUUGGCAGCUACGUGACUCACGAGACCAAACACUUCAUCUACUACUACAUGGGUCAGGUGGCCAUUUUGCUCUUCAAGUCGGGAUAG